UCGUUCCAUCGUUUUCUUUGUUGGUUUUGUCAUUGUCUAAGCCUCAAAGAUGAUAUUUUUUUUCCUUUGAUACAACUGUUUAUAGCUCUUAGUUUCUUUUUUCUCCAUUACUUAUGUGCAUCAAUCACUAAAGAUUGAGAUCAUCUGGACUAAACAAUUUAAUCUGAAGCAAUGGCUGUUGAGAAAAACGAAAUCGCUAAAGAUGUGACUGAAUUAAUUGGCAAAACUCCAUUGGUAUAUCUCAACAAUGUUGUGGAUGGUUGUGUUGCUCGUGUUGCUGCUAAACUAGAGAUGAUGGAGCCAUGCUCUAGCGUUAAAGACAGGAUUGGUUACAGCAUGAUUGCUGACGCGGAGGCCAAGGGCCUUAUCACACCAGGGCAGAGUGUUCUGAUUGAGCCAACAAGUGGAAAUACGGGCAUAGGAUUAGCAUUCAUGGCUGCUGCCAAGGGAUACAGGCUUAUCAUCACAAUGCCUGCAUCAAUGAGUCUUGAAAGAAGAAUUAUUCUUCGUGCUUUUGGAGCAGAGUUGGUGCUCACUGAUCCUGCUAAAGGCAUGAAAGGGGCUAUUCAAAAGGCAGAAGAGAUUUUGGCCAAGACUCCCAAUGCUUAUAUGCUCCAACAGUUUGAGAAUGCUGCCAAUCCAAAGGUGCAUUAUGAAACUACAGGACCAGAGAUAUGGAAAGGUUCUGGAGAGAAAGUUGAUGCCCUUGUUUCAGGAAUAGGUACUGGGGGAACCAUAACAGGUGCUGGGAAAUACCUGAAAGAGCAGAAUCCAAAUAUUAAGAUAUAUGGUGUGGAACCAGUUGAAAGCCCUGUUUUAUCUGGAGGAAAACCUGGUCCGCAUAAGAUCCAAGGAAUAGGGGCUGGUUUUAUCCCAGGAGUUCUGGAAGUAGAUAUCAUCGAUGAAGUUGUUCAAAUAUCAAGUGAGGAAUCAAUUGAAACUGCAAAGCUUCUUGCCCUAAAAGAAGGUUUACUUGUGGGAAUAUCAUCUGGUGCUGCCACAGCCGCAGCAGUUAAGAUUGCAAAGAGACCAGAGAAUGCUGGAAAACUCAUAGUUGUGGUGUUUCCAAGCUUUGGAGAGAGAUAUCUGUCUUCUGUGCUGUUUGAAUCGGUGAGACGUGAAGCUGAAAGUAUGACAUUUGAGUCCUGAGUGUUCUCUGCGUUUAAACCAAUUUCACAUUCUUGCAAAGCUUUCAAUUGGUAUUUAAUUUCUAGUUGUUAUGUUACUUGUGCUAAAUUCCCAACAAUGUUAGCUCAAAACCUCAAAUUAUUAGAGCAUUUCCUCUACGAAGUCCAUUGAAUGCUUUGAGUUAUAUUAUGUUUUUUU